AUGACCACACAAGUUUUUUCGGAUAAAAAGCUCACCGAUGAGCAGAUAGAAAAGGCUGCCAAUAUGAACAAGAAGCGUGAAUUGGCUUGGCUUAUAAAAGAGAUUGUUCGUCCUCGAUUACCGCAGAUAAAAGAAGGGCUCAAUUCAUGCUUACGACAAGUCUCUGAGGACAACGAGUCUAUCUUCAAGUUACCGUUAACAUCGCAUAAGUCUGAAAUGUUGAAAGGCACUAUAAGUCGGCAAAAUUACAAGAUAGUUGGUCUAAACAUUUCAAUUCGCGCCAAAAGUUUCAAUGGUGGUACUCCCUACGAUUUAAAGCUAAAAACGACCAAGAAGCCCAUAUUAAUCCGGCAAUUAUUAGAUUGUCAUGAUCGUAUAUACAAUGCAGUGAGUGCAAUAGACAAAGCUCUUGAAGCACCCGAAGUUGCGCCGCUUGUUUUCCUUUCAUAUAUCGAAAGACUUUCACAGCAUAUUUGUGCUGCCAGAUUAGCACUAGACAAGCCUAAUCCGGCAUAUAUAUUUCCUGAAUAUAGAACGCCAAGCGCGAAGUUCGAGCCUGAAAUGCCUCAGCAAAUGAGUUUGGACUUUUUUGUGAAUAAUAGUGAACUUACGGCUGAUUUUCAAAGUCUCAAACAUGUCACAAAAAAGCCUUGGUGUACAAUGUUAAGCCGGAGGGAUAGACUUUCGUUUGCUGACCAUGUUAGGGCCCAAAUCUCGAAGGACAGAUCCAAAUCCGUGCACCAGAUCAUUGCCGAUGAGUAUCAACGUCUUCUCGACUGGAAAAAAAGACGAUCUGGAAUAGAAAAGACAAGUCACUUGAACGAAGCAAAAAGCCCCGGACAAAAUACAAAUUCCGGCACGUCAUUUGGUUCGACAUUAAAAUCAAUGUUUGUUUCAACUGGCGAUAUCUCUCUUUCAACCUUGCUAAAAAGUGCAAGCAAGUAUUUAGAGCAAAGUAUUACUUAUGUGGAUAAUCGAAACGAUCCAUACGUGGUGCAUAUUCUCGAAAAGUGCGAGAUGGUCACAUCUGACCCAAUAUUGCUCUCUUUGAGCAUUAAACUUGAUAGUCUUGAGAAGGUCGUCCGAAGAAUUCAUGAAAAUCUUAAGAAUUGUUCGUAA